UAGAAAUCGAUCGCUAAAAUUGCAAAGAAUUUUCUAUGCUAUAAACUUUGCACUUAGUUUGUCUUUCUAAUGGAAAAUAACUACAAAAUUGAACAAGAGUUGCCUUGGACUCAAAAAAUCGGUCUUUGGACAAAUAGCUCAACCUAAUAGGUAGGAAUAUUUCAAAGGAAGACGUUAUACGUCAAGUGGAAUUCCUCUUACAUACCAAAAGACAAACUUUGGAGAAACAGAAUUUAUUGUAAAAGCAGUUUUGGAAAGGAAAUUCUCCAUUACUAGAAUGGAAUUAGCAUUCGUUAUCUCACUGGCAUUGUUGUUUAAAACAACCAAUGGAUUUGUACCAUCAGGAAGCAUUGACUUACCCACCUUUCUGAUGAAAACCAUCGAAAAAGAUUCAAGAAUAAGACAGAUUAUGUGGUUAGUCGAAAGUAAAACCGAAUCCUUUGAUUUAUCAAAAGUUGCAACUCACAUACCGUCUAUUAUCAUUCCUCACAAAAAUGCAAAUGAAAAACUAGGUUUGAAAUUGUCCGCAUUGCCAAUGUUCAUGACCACUCGUUCAACACUAAUUGUAAUCAGUUUCAAUUCAAUGAACUUUUUUCCAAAUAAUUCCCUACCAGACGAUAUGGGAAUACUGAACUUUUUCACCGAACUAAUUCAUGCAAAUCAGAGACCAAAGCUUUUAAUAAUCGAAAAAGUCCAAAUUGGCAGAAAUUAUCGAAACUUGCUCAAAUUUAUGUGGGAACGAAACUUUUUAGACGUGACUAUUUUGGAAUUAAUCCACAGGAGUAGAAAUGAAAAUCUUAUUUCGACGAACCCAAGUAUGAACUUGAUUUUGCAGCAUUACUUGAAUCCGUUUACAGCUCGAUUUACAGAGAGGGAAAUUUCGUUAGAAGGGGAAUUGUUUCCUGAGAAGGUGAUAAAUCUUCAUGGAUACAAAUUGAAGGUUGGAUACUUCCACUAUCCGCCCUAUGUCGUAGUUACUAGGAACAAAUCAGGAGAUGUCGUCAAUUUAGAUGGACCCGAUUAUCAGCUUGUGAGGAUCCUUUCCGAAACGAUGAAUUUUCGAGUUAUGGAAAUAGUUUCAACGAAAAAUAGUUGGGAUCGUAGUGUAUGCGAGAAAGAGGGCAACGUUGGCAUAACUCGCGCAUUACUUUACAAUCAUAUCAAUUUUGUCGGUGUACAAUCUGGUAGAUUCAUGUCCGAAUGUAUGUUGAAAGUGAUCAAGUACAUAGAGCUGAGUUUUCAGAAUAUUUACUAUUCACCAGUGACACCAACAUUGUCAGCUGAUAAUGUUUCAAUAUCCGUUGGAAUGAAGGUUUCCUAUUUGAUGACAAUGGUUAUCUUGUUGGUAAUGGCAUGGCUUUUCGCUCACGUCGUCAAAUUUGCAGUUGCGAAUUGGCGAAUGAUCGAACUUUUCAAAAUGAUGCUUGGAAUGAGUUCUUCAUCAUCACCCAGUGAAUCAGCAGAAAGAAUUUUUCUCACAUCUACUCUUUUCACCUACUUUUUGUUUUCGACGGAAAUUUUUUCUGCCUUUACAAGUAUUAAUUUGCAUAAGCAACCGAUUGUUGUAAUUGACACGAUGGAAGAAUUAUACGCGUCAAAUUUAACACCAGUAAUUUUUCCAAACGUGGAACCACUGUUUGAUGCUAGUAAAUUGCAUAUUGCGAAAUAUAUCAAUAGAUCUAUUAUUGUUGUGAAUACGGAUAAGAAAUGUUUGGAGUAUUUAUCAACGAAUGGAAAUGUGACAUGUUUUAUGAGAUCGACAAUUGCUGAUUUGGGAAUUAAGGAAGCUAGAAAGAAGAAGGCGGCGAUUUCAAUGCAUAGGGUUAAUGAUUAUUUGACGGAUUUAUUGAGUUGUUUGAAAUGUGAACCGGGUUUUCCGUAUGAGUUAAGAUUUAGAAUGUUGUUAACAAGAUUUCAGCAGACGGGAAUUCCUUACAAGUGGUAUGAGAAGUACUUUGGUACUGAGACAGAGAAACCUACAAUGGCUGAUGCUUUUAAUUCUGAUGGCGAUUCAUCGAAUCUGCAGAUUUAUCAAAACAUGAUGGUUAUUUUUGGCUUUGGAUUUUGUUCGUCCCUUGUUGCUUUUAUUGGAGAGGUGUGUUUGCAUUACUAUAAACUUUGGAGGAAAUAAAU